AUGAAGUUCAUUCUCCACUCUCUCUCCUACUACCUUAAGGAGUACCCACUACGCACCAACAUGUCACUCAGCACUACGAUCGGCUUUUGCGGGGAUGUUGUGUGCCAGACAAUCUACGAGCCAUGGCUGCAGUCGCGCCCACCUCUAACGCGUGAGCGGCUGCCCAACGAGAGCCACAGCUCACCGUUCCUAAUAACUGUUCAGUCUCCGUUCCUCUGUGCUCGUCAGCGGUGGCGUGCAUACCAAGCGGAUCGUGGCACGGCGGUGUCGUCCCCUACUGAUAGGGCGACGCAAAAUGCGUCGCUACCGGCUUCCUCCUCGGCGGUGGACGGCAACACCACCAUACUUCUUGACCUUCGCCGUAGCAUGAUCUUUUGCAGCUUUACCUUUCUCUUCGGUGUGCCGUACUUCCUGUGGGUGUACCGCCAUCUGGAUCGCCUCAUCAAUCCGGCUGCCAUCACCAAGCGUAGCGCCAUUGGGAAGGGGUUCCUCAGCUACAUCGCGGCGCAGCUGACAAGCCCGAUUUACCUCACCUACGUCACCGCCAUGGACCACUUCUUCAUCUACCGCGACGGCCGCGAUGGACGACGACGCGUGAUGGCGAUUCCGAUGAAUACGGUUCCCAAGGCGCAAGAGCAUGUCGUGGUGGCCGGCGACGAUGACGCAGGCGCGGCAGAUGCGCAGAAGGGCACCGGGCGCUUUCGCUUUGUUUUCAGCCCCUUCCGCAACGCCAUGAGUGAGCUGGAUCAGACGACAGUACACAAGAUGGGUUACUACUACCGCAUCGUCGACAAUCACGACUUUAACUUCCACGAAUACUUCACGUGUGUCUCGGUGGAUGUGAGACGCAAACUCAUCUACGACUUCCCCGACAUCAUGAAGUACGCGCUGGCCUUCUGGUCGCUCAACUGGCUCCCAAUGUUCUAUUACAUCCCAAGUCACUUCCGCCUCGCCUACUCGUCUGGUGUGCAGGUGGUGUGGAGCGGGAUUAUGUCUUACAUCCUGCAUCGUUGUAAAAACGUGGGCGGCGAGGACGUUAGCAUGAAGCAGCCCCUGCAAACGAUGUAG